AUGGCAAAAAUGAUUAAUGAACGAGUUUCAACCAGUGCAGACAUCUCCCCAACUCCUGAUUCGAUGACUGUAACAACACAUAUUCAACAAUUAGCGGACAAUAUGUAUAAUAAAGUUGCAGCAUAUCUUCAAGGACAAAUCGAAGAUACCAUUGCGGAAUAUAAGCUUUUGAAGAACAUGAAUAAUGCUACAAGUCAGCGUUACGAUGACAUGAAGCAGGUGGCAAAUGGUGUAGCAGAGAAGCUCGUGCAACUGAAUUCUAGAUAUGAGUCGUUACGUCCAUAUUUGCAACAGAUCGAUGAAAUUGAUGAAAAUACAAGAAAAUUGGAAGAGGCUGCUAAUGUUUUGGAACGUUAUGUUACCACUCUGGAAACGAAAUUCCGUGAAAUUCAGCGUGAUGGUGUUUCGCCUAACUGA